AUGUCCGAAACCUUCUUUACAGACCUCUACGGUGAACACAGCGGUCGCCAUCCCUCCAUGGGAGAUCUAAAGGAUCGCCUUUCCGUGCAAGUCAAAGACAAGCUUGCUAACGAAAUAGCCGACGACCCUCGCACGGCGUACCUCGAUUAUGGAGGCAGAAUCCGAAAGGUCAAGGAACAUGGCAAGCUUUACGAGAACCCGUCUCACGAAGAAUUGACCUUUGGACCGGAUGGUUCUGAUACCGGCAGACAUGGUUGGCGCGGCUGGACUAUUGCCCAUUUACGGGUGACCUUUGAUGCUGAGGAUAUUUGA